AUGGCUAGACGCGCUGCACACACACCUGCUCUGGCCAGCUGGAAGCUGCGCUGGGUCGUGUUGAUGUUCUUACAUAUGACGGGGGUCGGGUUUCGCACGACUGUCGCGGUGAUGACGGCCGACGAACGAGCCCAGGCAGCGAACGCCUUCAACUCGGAAGACAGUGGCGUCGUGGUCCUGGUAACGAGCUUUGCCUCGGGGGGCGUCGGGCUCAACGUGCAUGACUGCUGUUCCAGCGCGAUCUUUGUGGAGCCACCGCCUGGAUCAACGCCGCCUGCAGAAAGUCUGGAUCCUGCAUCAGACAGAGAGUUUCGAUGCGUACGUGCAAAACAACAACCUGCGCAAAGCAUUACCGCAGAUCGCGCAGUUCGGCUUCUCGAAUACAACGCAGACAAGACGCCGAUAACGAUAGAAUGGCACUGGCAGCCAACGAGUCCAGCUGAUCGCCAUAUAGCUGUCAAUACCACCUCGCCGUCGUUGAGGAAUCUGGUCCGUCAUCUAUCACCCACUCGAGUGGCGUCCCUAUUUUUUCGGGAGAUUGCUGGUGACCCAGCCGCCUUCAUAAGGGCGUGUGAGGUCUGA